CAAAUUGGCUUUUGGGUGCUAUUAAAGAAUUUUUCGUAUUAUGGCUGCCAAAGUGUCUGCUGCCAAGUUGCCGGAGCUAAGCAAGAUGCAGGCUUCCAACCCGGCCGAGCAGCUGGACGCCGCACAACCACCAACAGUUCCUGCUGCCAAUGCCAAUGUUGCCGCCAUUGUCAGCGGAACCGGCUCCGAGGCUAAUACCAAUGCCGAGCAGAGUUCGCCGGGAAAAGGCAAACGGGAGGGUGGUGGUGGUGGACGCAAAAGAAAGCGUCAUAUUUACAAUUCGAUACGCGCUCAAAUGGAGUUCUAUUUUGGUGACUCGAAUCUAAGCAAGGACCGCUUUCUGCGUCGCUAUGUGGAUCAGGAUCCAUACGUGCCACUGGACGUAUUUCUAUCGUUCAACAAAAUUAAGGCACUUACACAGGAUGUGGAGCAGAUUGCCAAAGCGUUGUCCAAUUCCCAGCUGCUGCAACUCGAUGAGAGCGGCCAGAAAGUGCGUCGCAAGACAGCGCUGCCCGAGAAUUUUGACGUGGCCGACAGAACACUGUAUGUGGAGGCGCUGCCCGCAACUGCCAGCCACGAAUGGCUAAAAAAAGUAUUCAGUCGCUAUGGACCGGUUGCUUAUGUCUCCUUGCCCCAUUUUCCAUUGUCGCGCAAGAUAAAAGAAUUUGCCUUCAUUGAGUUCGAACGCAAGGCGUCUGUGGAGAAGGCCAUAAAGGCGUUUACUCAAAUCCAGGGUGUGCUCUCCAUGGAGCACACGGAUCCUGCCAAUCUGGCCAGCGUGCGUUCCUUUCAAAAACAACAGCAACAAGAACAGCAGCAGCAGAGUAAGAGCGGCGACGAAUCCGAGCCAACUGCGACAACUACUCCAGCAGAGCCACAACGCAAAGGCGCUGUGAAGCGUGAAGGAAGCGGCGAAGAGAACGAGCCCGAGGUCGAGGCUGUGCCGACAAAGCGUAUUAAGCUAGAUACGAGUGAGGUGGCCGUUGAUGAGGCUGAUAAUAGCAGUGAUAGUCCAUCGGAGCAAACCGGCUCCGAACCGGAAUCGGAUAAUGACGAUGAGAACGAAGAUGAGGAGGACGGCGAGGCCGAAGCUAAAACUGCAGGUGACGGUGCGGCUGAAGAAGGUGGAGCCGAGUCUGGCGGAGAAAAUUCCAAGAAACGUCGUCGCAAACGCAAGAAGAAGGCAGCCCAAGGCAUACCUAAUAUAGAUCCCACUGCAUUUGAGCUGAAAGUGAUGCCCAAACCCAUCUGGAGCGGCUUGCGCAACAAAUAUCUUAAUUUGCAGCGUCGCAUGGUCAACGAGGCGAAGACUAAGUUAUGGUUGCAAGGCCAACAGCAACACAAUCCACAGCCGCAACAGAAGCGCACGCCCAAGGAUCAUGUUCAGCAAUUGGCCGAAUCGAAAGCCAACAACAGCGGUGCCAGCAGUGAAGGCCAUGAAGAGAACGAGCCGCUCAGCGAUAACGGUGAUCCUGCCGCGCCUAUACCGCCCAAGCGUCGCAAACGCAACAAACAGGGGGGCAAUAGCGGCGGCGGUGGCGGCGUCCAUAAAAUGAAUAUGAACUUCUACGGUGCGGGCGGCAACGAAGCCGAUGACAACAAAUCCAUGCCCAAGUCUGAGAAUCAAGAGCAGGAGCGUACGCCACUCUUCAAAUACGAGCCGGGCUUAAUUGUUGAAUGUAUCUUACACGAACCCUGUACCAGCGUCAAGGAGUUCAAAGCUGACAUGCGUCAGUACACGGACAUCAAGUAUACAGACAUUAAGGAAGGCGCAGAGGUGGCCCAUUUGCGUCUCUCCACGCCCCAGGCAGCCGAGGAGCUGGUACGCAAACUGAGCUGCGCUGAAAUGAAGCUGAAGGUGUUGCGCGGACAGCCGGAGUCCAAAUAUUGGCGCAAAAUCGAAGAGGAUCGGGAGGCGAAGCUUAGCAAGCAGGUGCGUGUGAAGCAGAAGCGUGGACGCGAAAAAGUCGCCAAAUUGCUGGCCAAGCACAUCAAGUUCGAUGAUAACGAAGAGGAAGCCAACGAUGCGGGCGUCGGUAGCGGCGAUGCCUGAAAAUGAGGCUACCGAAUUGAUUCCCGAGGGGAGGAGUAAAGCAGAGCUUUAUUUAUUUAUCCAACAACCGGGGCGGGAAAGGGAAAACUCCAUUUUAACUAAAUUCCCUGCUCCUGCAGAAUGUUAAGCCUGAGUAUGACACAUAUACAUACACAAACGUACAAACAACUGAGAUAUUAUGAAAAAUAAAUAAUAUGUACAAUA